AUGACUCAAUACAUCAGUCGCGCCAUUGCCGUUGUAGGACGUUCGUCGUUGUCUUGUGUUAAACGAGGUUUUCACGUUUCUCCUAGAGCCAUGGUUAUCUCCGUUGGUGACAAGCUGCCUUCAGUUGACUUGUAUGAAGAUGCACCCAGCAACAAAACACAUUUACCUGGAUACGUAACAAAAGCUGACGAAUUAAAAUCAAAGGGCAUAAAUGAGAUAGCUUGUGUUAGCGUCAACGAUCCGUUUGUUAUGUCAGCUUGGGGAAAAGACCAAGGUGCUACAGGCAAGGUGAGAAUGCUAGCAGACACCAACGCUGAGUUCACAAAAGCUCUUGAUGUAGCUAUGGACCUCGCAGUGUUGGGUGGUACUCGUAGCAAGCGUUACUCUCUGGUGGUUGAGGACGGAAUCGUCAAGGAAGUUAACAUUGAGCCUGACAACACUGGACUCAGCUGCUCUCUCGCUGAUCGUAUCAAAGUUUAA